CGGCAAAAAAAAGCAAAUCUCCUUUCAGCCUCCACAGAGGUCCGCAGGAAAGCCGGACAGGGAGCAAAAAAGUCUGUCUUAGGACCAUCACCACUGACAAAUGACCAAAGAUGGCAAAUGAGGAAUGAGUAAACAAUACUUGGCAAGAAACGGGAACACCGCCAGACUUUAAAAGUAGAGUCACCCUGUUGUUAAGAAAUGUGACACUCUUGGUUAGCAGGGAGGUACCGAAGUUUCUGGUAUGUUACUGUUACACUUGAGAAAAUAAAAGGAAGUGCUUAACAGCUUAAAAUAGACUUAGCUGUAGAGCAAAUAUAUCUGACACAGACUUACGGACUCUUCUGAGAAUUCAUGAUGAAGAAGAGUUUGACCCGACACUGGCCUUCUGUAUCAUUUGCCGCUAAAAUCGUCAACUUAAACCCAAAAAGAUCAAUCAUAUUCAAGAUGGAGCAGUCUACGUAACACAUUCACCCAAUAGGGGCUGGGAUAGGCUCCAGCAACACCGUGACCCUAAGAGGAUUUAGCGGUUUUAGCGUGCUGUUUUCUUGUUGACGUGUCAUUUUGGUGUUGACCAUUUUCUUGCUUUGAGCGUGCAGGUUUCAUACACGCUGCUAAAAUCCCAAAUGAGACCCAUCUUUAUUCGUCCACUGUGUUUUAAGAAGUGGUUUUGUGUUUGAGCGAUUGUGCGGCAAAGAAAAGGAACGUUGUGAAGUUUUAUAAAAGUUAAUGUGUUUUUAACGUAUUUUAAUACCUAAUUUCUAAUUGUAUUGAAGUCACAAGAUGGCUGAAGGGAAAAUAUGCCGUACUAAAGGAAAUGAUGGAAUCGCAGGACAAUCCUGACGUUAGACCGGUGGUUUCAAUGCAAAUUUCAGCUAAUCGCUAACUGAUAAGUGCUGAAACUCCAUGUCUGCUCAUCUCUCCUCAGAUCUAUAAUCUCAUCUGAUACAGCACUGUUGCUCUGACUCUAUGAACAGCAGAUCCAUCCGGAUUGAAUCAUGUCAGACAAUAUCCUGGAAGAUCUCUUCAUCAAAAGAUCUCAGCAGAAGAAGAAGACAUCUCCUCUGAACUACAAGGAGAGACUAUUCGUUCUGACGGCAGAAAAGUUAGCCUACUACGACUAUGACGCAGACAAAGGGAAGCGAAAAGGUCUGAGGGGUUCUGUUGAUGUUGAGAAGAUAAAGUGCGUGGAGACGGUCGAGGCAGAGCCCAACGCUCCGCCAGAGAGAAAGUUUGCUUUCCAGGUGGUCUACGAUGAAGGGCCUCUCUACAUCUUUGCAAAAACUGAGGCCAGUCGUAGCAAGUGGAUUACAAAGCUAAAAGAACUGGUGCACUCCAACAAAGACCUAAUGCAAAAGUAUCACCCCUGUUUCUGGGCCGAUGGCGAGUGGCUGUGCUGCCAACAGGAAGUUAAACAAGCUAUGGGUUGCAAAAUAUUGGAUAAGAAGAACGGUUAUGCAACUAGAUCGAAGUCAACCAGAAAGCCACUUCCACCGACCCCAUCAGAGGAAAAGCCCAGUCGGCCUCUUCCACCGCAGCCUGAGCCAGCCGCUCCUUCUGCAAGCAUGACUGUCAUAGCUGAGUACGAUUACAUACCCAUGACAUCCCAAGACCUGGAGCUGAGGAAGAAUGAGGAGUACACCAUCCUGGAGAAGUCAGACCCCAACUGGUGGAGAGCCAGAGACAAAUACGGGAAGGAAGGCUAUAUACCGAGUAAUUAUGUUGCAGAAACAGAAACCGGCCUUGAAAGAUUUCACUGGUACUGCAAGAACAUGAACCGCAGUCAAGCAGAACAGCUGUUAAAGUCUGAGAACAAAGACGGCGGUUUCUUGGUGCGGGACUCCAGCAAAGCUGGGAAAUAUACUGUAUCUUUAUUUGCCAAGAGUGGCGCGGAAACAGGUGGAAGUUGCAGACACUACAACAUCUGCACAACCCCACAGGGCCAGGUUUAUCUGUCAGAGAAGCACAACUUUGACACCAUCCCAGAGCUCAUCAACUACCAUCAGCACAAUGCAGCCGGUAUGGUUAGCAGGCUGAAGCACAUUGUGUCUAAUCGGGCACGACCUCCGUCAACGGCAGGGCUCGGCUAUGGUGUGUGGGAGAUUGACCCCCACUACCUCACCUUCAUCAAAGAGCUCGGCACAGGCCAGUUUGGAGUGGUGAAGUAUGGGAAAUGGCAGGGCCAGCACGACGUGGCCAUCAAGAUGAUUAAAGAGGGCUCCAUGUCAGAAGAUGAUUUCAUUGAAGAAGCAAAAAUCAUGAUGAAGCUUCGCCAUGAGAACCUGGUGCAACUGUACGGCGUCUGCACCAAACAAAGACCUAUUUAUAUCGUGACUGAGUUUCUCGCAAAUGGCUGUCUGCUGACAUAUCUCAAGGAAGGCCUGAUCCAGCACCCAACGGCUGACCAGCUUUUGGAAAUGUGCAAGGACGUCUCUGAGGGCAUGGCCUACCUUGAGUCAAAGCAGUACAUCCACAGAGACCUGGCUGCCAGGAACUGCUUAGUAGAUGCAAAUGGCACAGUCAAAGUGACUGACUUUGGUCUAUCAAGAUACGUUUUAGAUGAUGAGUACACAAGUUCUGUUGGCUCCAAGUUCCCAGUUCGAUGGUCUCCGCCUGAAGUCCUUCUCUACAGCAAAUUCAGCAGCAAGUCAGACAUCUGGGCUUAUGGGGUACUGAUGUGGGAGGUGUACACUUUGGGCAGACUUCCAUACGAACGCUUGAGCAACACAGAAAUUGUGGACCAGGUUUCACACGGCUUUCGUCUCUACCGCCCCCAACUGGCCAAUGAAAGAGUCUACAAAAUUAUGACAAGCUGUUGGCAUGAUAAGCCAGAUGAGAGGCCCACCUUUCAAGAGCUGGUGCUGACCGUCCAGGAUCUUCUCUAUGAGCUCCAGUAGUCCCACCUCCACAGCGCAGCAUCUCCGUCUGUUCCUGGAAGAUAAACACAAUCAUGUUUGAGCACAGCAUUUAAAGACCAUACAAAUAUCCUCGUAAUGUGAAUAUGUGUCUGUUUAAACAUCACUAUUACUCGCUUGCUUUUACAUUUUCUUUGUAAAAAUGCAUUCAGUUCGACUAUCCAUACUUCCACUUUUCUCUGUGGGAUAUUCUAUUUUCCUUUGUGUAUAAUUUUUGAAAAUGCAGUGUAAGCUCGUGUUUUGCACAAAUAAAGCCAAGUAUGCCAGGCUUUUA